UGAACGCGUGGUGAAUGUCCUACGAACAUUAGUAACUGUGGGAAAGUGGAAAAUUGGAUCGUCUUGCUGAGAUAUCCAUGAGAAUUUCUGCGCGAGCGGACGCACGCCGCUCCUGAGGACCUCGACCUCGACUCAUAGUUAUCGAACGCUAUCUUGCGAAUGUUGAAAAUUGUACGAAGAAUUAUUGCGAGGGAAGGCAGCUCUGCAAGUGUGAACGGACGCGUACGUCACUGACGUUGUGAUGUCGAAUGGAACAUGCGCGAAAUGGAGCGACAUGCGAGAACGGUUGCGGGAAAAUAUGGAUUCGGAGAUCUUCUUCGAAAAGUACACGUUGUCGGAAGAAACUGCAAUGAGACUCAAGUCUAUCAGAAUAAUGAUGCAGGAUAAUAUCGCCCAGGCUAAUCCGGUGUGGAAGGUGAUCGCAGGGGAGAAUGAAGAAAGAAUAUCUUCGGAAAGCGAAGACAGUGAUAAUGAUGUUGAUAAUAAAGAAAGUGAUACUGAUGUCCAAAUGCCAUUUAGUCAGUCAAUAUUGGAACCAUCUACUCAGUUUUAUUUCACUCAAGCUGAACGAAUUAUGCCACCUGCUGCAGCUGCUGAAGGAUCUGCAACUGCACCAUUGCAGAAGUGUGACAUAUUGGAGUUUCUUUCCGAGGGCUUAGAAAAAAAUGAUGGGAAAUUUGAUUUUGCUCAAUUGAACAACCUCUCCGAUGAGGAUCUUGUUCCUUUAAUGGAAGAUCUGGGUAAAAAAUUAAGCUCAAAAGGCAUUUAUAAUGUAUGUCAGUCAAUGAAUGACAUGUCUAUCGAAGAGGGAAUGAAGUAUCUCAAUAUAUUGUGCACACAUUUGUUGUUACCAAAGAUCAUUCAACUUGAAGAGCCAUCUCGUUUACUAUCAUCCGCGAUUGGUGAAUGUAUUAAAAAAUUCCCCAAUGAGGUUCAGCAGUUCAUAUUUGUUCCUAUUCUCAAUACUGAAUUAAAGGACACAACAUUGAUCUCUACUAUUGUGAAUACAUUUGAACCAGGGAAGAGAGCAGUGCUGUUUGAAGAGUUUCUUGAGUCUGUAGAGGAAUUAAAGUCAUGGCAUAUACCUGUUUUGCAAAAUUUCUUAUCUGUAAGACUUGACCAUGACAUAAUUAGCAGAGUUAUAAAACUAUUCUCAGGAAAAGCGUUUUGCUAUUCCAAAGAUAAGAACUUCGGAAAACUCAUACUGUCGUUUUUAAAAAUUAAUACAACACUGUCCGAGGAGCAGAAACAUUUAAUGCUCGAGAUAAUCUCAGUCAAUGAAACAUUAUUCAAAAAACCUAUAGAAAAUAUUUUACGUAAAAUGUAAUUGCGUUAAAUUAUUGGCAUAAAAAAUAAAUUA